AUGGUAUCAAUGUCCUCCACACUCAUUAUCGAGAUCUCCCCUCCAACGGUCAGAGGUGUUCCUGGUACGUUGUCGGCAGGAGCCAUUGGUCUGACCGGUAUUCUCAGCUCAGGCGUCGCUUGGGGCACGUUCUUUUUCGGUGUCUUGCUUCUUGCAAUCAUCGACCUCAUCAUUGGGUGUUGCGGAUUUGCAGACCCUACGAAUGUCGGGGUCAUCAAAUCUAUUGCCGGCUUCGGUCUGCUCUUUGGCUUCGUUUGUUAUGCCGGGCUUUCACCGUUAGUGUGGUUGGUCGCUGCCGAACUGCCCACCGUACGACUGCGCAACAUUUCCAACGCUUGGAUACUUCUGGCCAUCUCCUUGUUCGAUCUCGCGGUAACUUAUAUCCUACCUUACAUUGCCAACGUGGAUGCUGGCAAUUUGGGUCAAAGACCUGUCUGA